AAUAAUAAUAAUAAUAAUAAUAAUAAUAAUAAUAAUAAUAAUAAUAAUAGUGAUGGAAUCAACAACACCAACAAUAACAAUGAGGACGACAGCAGCAGCAGCAGCAGUAGAAGUAUAAGCAAUGAGAGUUAUGAAAGUGAUGAGGAGGACCUCUUAGAGGGAUUUUACCCGGCAGCGUACGAAAAUAAUAUCAAACAUCGUACAAAGAACGAUAUCACAUUUCUAUUAACCGACGACGACAGUGAUCACAGCAGUGAUGAUGGAAGUAUAAAUAUACAAUCAAAGGGCAGUAUCUCUACUAACACUUUACACCAUUCCCCAAGGCCACAUAUUAUACGUUCUGUUGGUCCUGUUAUCUUUAUUCCACAUCACGAACCACUCACCCAACAACACUCCAGCUCUUUUUUCAUCUCUGAACAUGAAAGUAGAAAUAGUAACCACUAUAAAAAUAACUCAGGGAGCUUUAACAUAAUGCAU